CACCCUCCGACCCACACCACCUCGCCGUCCCCGCGACUCUCCUCCUCUGCACGAUCUACGACCGUAUACGACACAUAGCAUACCGACAUAUCAUCAGCAUCAGCAUCCUCAGCAUCAGCCUUACCACCGGCCGAACGAGCCGAGCACCUUCUUUGCCUUUUGCUUGGCCGAAAAUCACGAAACAGCGCGGAAAACAACACAGUCCGAAACCCACGUGCACACACACACAGACACAUCAAACAACACCUACGCGUUCAACACCACACUCACCAUGAAAAUCUUCAGCACAACUCACUCCUACGCCUACUCCUGGGACGAAGUCAGCACGUGCAACUGGCGGAAAUACUGCCCUUGGAACGACCAAUCCACGCACGUGAUCGCCGUCGACACGCUCUCGCGCUCGCUCGACCGCAGCACAGGAAUCCUCCGCACCGAACGCCUCAUCACCUGUCGCCAAGCGACUCCGCAAUGGCUCAAAACCUUCUUCGGCAGCGGCGAGACCUCCCAAGUCUACGAAGUCUCCUACGUGGAUCCCGCGGCGCAAAAAGUGACCAUGUGCAGUCAGAACAUGACGUGGAGUGACCUGUUGACGGUGCAUGAGAAGGUGGUGUAUCGACCCGAUCCGAAGAAUCACGCCAAGACGGUGUUUGAGCAGGAGGCGAGGAUUGUGGCGCUGUGUGGCGGGUGGCAGAAGAUUAAGAGCGCAAUUGAGGAUAUUAGUGUGGAGAGGUUCAAGGAGAAUGCGAAGAAGGGACGGGAGGGGUUUGAGAGGGUGUUGGCGAUUAGCAGAGAGGUUUUUGCGGAGGAGAGGAGGAAGAGACAGUUGACUGCUAUGUAGGCGGAGAGAGAAAGAGAAAGAGAAAGACGCGGUGGUUCAUUCUUCACAUUUUUGCAAUUGCGUUUGAGCGAGCGAGCGAGCGAGCGGGAUGGAAUUGAAAUUGGCGUUUCUUGGGUGAUACAAAAUCUGUAUCCAGGCGGUGGCGGGAUUUCUCCCUCUCUCUUCAACCAGAAAAAAAGCAUGUGAUGACGAUUUUUCUCUUCUUUUUUUUUGGAAUAUCGUGCGCGAAAAGAAAAAGAAUACCCGAUUUGCGAUAGAUGAUCAACUCAUUACAUAACGUCACAUGUAAUUUCUG